AUGAAUGACCCAAGAGAGCAUGCAAAGGAGGAUCUUUAUUCUAACUUAAGUUCAGAUGAAGGAGAACAGGAUGAGAUAUCUGAACAACUCAAAGCCAUUGAAAGACAGAAACAGGACUUAUUAGAAAGGUUAAAGAAGAAGAAGGAAAGAAAAUCUAAAUUGGAUCCUAAUUUUGUACAAGUACCUAGUUCGCCUAAGAAGUCUCGUGUUGUAGAACUCAAACCUACGUCAAAGCCAAUUGAUAAUAAUGAAGAGGAGGAAGAGGAAAACCCAAAUGAAGUUGCUUUGAUGACAAAGGAUGAUUCUAACUAUGGAACAACAUCAUACUUUAUGGAAAAAUUCUAUAAUUCCAAGAAGGAUCAUGAACGAAAAGUAGUAGCUUAUUCUAGUAUGAUGAGCAGUAGGGUUCACACAUUUUCAGGUACAGGCAGUAAGAAAGAGUUUAAACCUACGGAUGUUGAUGAGCUAGACCAAUAUUCUAACUUGUGGUUAAGAAGUAGAUAUAUUCCAGUAGAUGAGCUAAAUUUGAUGUUACUCGACAUAAAAAUACUUAGAUUACCAAAACUAUUUGCUAAAGUACGACCUCCAAAAUUUACUGAGCCUCAAUACUCAAAUUGGGUUGUUACAGGGAUAAUUACAUCAAAGGACGAUAUAAAGUACACAUCUUCUUCCAAGCCUACUAAAUAUUUUAAAUUUACAAUCAGCGAUUUUCAACACAAUUUAGAUGUUUUUAUAUUUGGGGUGAAAGGUGUGGAAAAAUACUAUAAUCUUAGAGUAGGGGAUGUAGUUGCAAUUUUAAACCCUGAAAUUCUUCCUUGGAGACCUUCAGAAAAUUCAGGAGGUAGUGGCAGCACUAUAAAAUCCUUCAACCUGCGAAUCAGUCAUAAGUUUGAUUGUAUAUUAGAAAUUGGCGCCAGCAGAGACUUAGGAUGGUGUCCAAUUCCAAAUGCAUCAAAGAAUACUCUUUGUAAGACGCCAAUUAAUAAAUCUAAAGAGGACAAAUGUCAAUAUCAUAGAGAAAUACAAUUCAGAAAGACUACUUCAAAUAGAGUCGAAUUAAGUGGUACAUAUGCAUUGGGUGCGCCAACAAAAGUUGAUGCUAGACCAGCUUUAUAUCAAAAUAGAGGUACUUCGAACAAUAGUAGGGUUCAAAAAUCUUAUAAUAUGGUAUCAGAUAGUCAUUAUCAAAAGAGAAAAGAUUCAAAUAAAUUGGAGACAAGAAUGCAUCAUUUCAGCACGAUGAAUUCAGCUAAGGCAUUCUUUGACGAAGAUUUUCAAAAUCCUGAUAUUUUAAAUAAUCUGGACAGUAAAAGAAGAAAGAUUAAAGACUCUAAGAUGGAAAGAAAUUUAGUGAAAGCAUUGAAAAAUACGGUGGACAAAGAAUCAAAAAAUUUUAAGAAUUUGAAAAAUGCUACACAGGCGACUUUACAAACAGGUAUACUUCAACGAUUAGGGUUUGAUCCAACAGGAGGUAAGUUAAGUUCAGUGAUUAGAAAUUCAAAUUCUGAAACAGAAGUUACAAAUAAAUAUCAAAUGGAAAAAAAAGAAGCAUUGGAUGACUUGAUGACAUUCAGGAAAGAUACUGUCAAUUUAAAACCAUCUAAAGAUGAUUUGAUUAAAAGAAGAAUUGAUCGUCAAAGAAAUUGGAAAAAAUUAUUUGGAAAACAACAAUCUUCGAUUGAUAACAACGACGACAGUGGCAGUGAUUUAAAAAUAUUGCAUAAUUCAUCUACAAAAGAUCAAAAAUACCAACUUUAA